UACUGGGUCAUGGGUUUCACAGUCUAUGUCUUUAUUGUUAUCUGGAUCUGCUCUGGAUCGUGUUCGUUUGGACAAACUUCUAUAACUUUUGAAGAUUCAUAGAAACUGUUGAUUCUCUCCUGAAUCCACAUGACCUCAGCUACACAUUGCUGGAAGUUACUGUCAAAGGGCUGAAUUAAUCCGACCCCCUUUAUGAAACUACAUUUAAAUCCACUAAAUCCAGAAUUGUGUGUUUCUUUCAUCAACAUGUUGAACAAGUUCGUUGGUGUUUCUCUUGCAGAGAGUGUCUCACCGUACAUCUGUCACAAGCAGAACAAGAGUAACAGUAUCAGCUACAAAGACGACGUCAUAGAAAAAGGUGAAACGGACUCGUUCCGAAGGGAAAGUGUUCUGUUUGCAUCUGAGGACGAGGAAAAGUCCAACUAUUCUGCUCCCAAAGAGAAAAGAUUCAAACAAGAUUAUCGCGUGAAUUCAAAUCCGAACCAAAAGAGUAUUUAUACGAAAACGACGGAGGACAAAGACAAAGGGGUGAAGAUCGUGACGUCGGUGUCCGUCAGCGACCUAGAAGAUUCCUCCCCGAACAUCACGUUUCAGCAGCUACAUGAAGCCUUGUCCGAAAACCCGAGCCACUGCUCAACAACGCCGGUGACCAACAUCGUGAAAAUCAACUGCAGUGGGUCCCAGGUGAAACUCGAAAUUCAAGAAAUUCUGCAGCUCAACGCUUCUGACGUCAAGACCACGUUUGUUUUCACGAAUGAAAAAGGGGGCGGUGCUGAGACGGCCGUUGAGAGCAAAGGUGGGGGGGCGUGGACUCCAGAUAACGAGUCAUAUGAGCAGCUGCAACAAAAUGUGACCAAUCACAGCGCAGAUAAAAAUUACAGAUUUACUUUUGGCAGCACGAGCGACCAAAUAAGUGAUUCAAACUCUAAAAUAUGGGACGAUCCGAACUACUGUCGCUGCUGCGCUGGUCACAGACAACAAGUACCCACCGACUGUACUUGGGCCAACCGUCCAUCGAGCCCCCCGUUGCUGUUGAACCUCCGACCUCAGGAGGAGAGGAAGCAUCUUCACAAGAGGUUCAGCAUCGAUCAGUUCUGGGACAUUCCUCCGCCCCAGGAGUUUGCAGAUGGUAAAUACAACACUCUAGAGGACCUGUCGCUCGACCUGGCUUCCUGCAGGAUUGGAACAUGUAGUCCCUUUGAUGAAGAAUCCGGAUUCCCUUAUUCCGCCAAAGAUCUGGCGCCUUCUUUUGAUCAAUUAUCGGAAUCGGACAACUACGAGCCCAUGUUCAUGAGACCCUCACUGUCUACCAACAGGUCCAGCUUCACCAAAGAAUUCAUCAGCUCUCAGAAGAGAAAGUCCUGGAUUAGGAACAACAGUAUCGCCACAGUCGAACACAGAGCGUGUCCCUCGGCACAGAAGAGGCGGCAGACGUUUCCUGGGAUGUCAGAAGAUCUGGGAUUGAUGCAAGAGGAUCUGCUGCUGCCCUAUGGCGAGUCUUUUUCCUCUUUGACGAUGUGCUCAUGUCCUCUCCAAGCAGAGAGGCUGGGGAGGUGUCACCAUGGUGAUGACAAGUUCCCUGCAUUGGACACGCCUGACUCCGAAAUCCCAAGUGACCAGCCAUCAUUGCUCAGCUCGUCCCGUAAGACCAGCACUGAAGAUCAUCCUGACGACACGUUCGCUGUCUGCACACAGCGUCCUGGAGGAAGCAGCGUCAGUUACCGUCGCAAAGGCCUCAGACACCUGGACAAAGACUUCAAACAGAGCAUCUGUAAAGACGUGGAUAGUCCGGACACCGAUGACUGUGAUUGUAAAGUUGAUCUAAGUGAAGUAGCAGACAGUGGGUUUGACCAAGACAUGGGGGAAGUAGAAUAUCUCAGCCCAGAGCCCCCAACGGAGGAGCUCAGUCAAAGAGCCCUCGCCAUACAAGUCAUCCCUCCGUCCUGCAGCGGCUCGGAGGAGGAAAUGCUCCCGAGCAACCUCGUCAUGCCGAUCCAAGAGGAUCCAAUCUCAUCUCUACCUAAACGCAAAUCCUCCGUCAUGACUCUAACUGUUGGUGGACUGGAACAAAGAUUCCUGCAGGUAGACCGCAGAUCAUCUCAGGGUAGUCGUGUGGAAAAACCUCUUACAAGUACUUUGGACGACUCCUGCGUGUCCGCUUUCCAGCACAUUGACGUACAAUCACUGAACUCCAACGAGGUGACCGAGAGUGAAUCUAAACCACCUGGUGAAGAAACAGGAAACUCGUCUCUGCCACUGACGACAGAGCAGACGAAUGAUCUGCAACCUCCAGUCGCUGCUUCCUGUCCAGAAAUCUGCGUCAAGGAGCAGCACCUUGAAUCCAACAAGGCCCACAAACAGAUCGUGUCCAGGUGUUCCUUUGAGGCCAAAGAGCAUCUGAAGCCCGUGAUGCAUAAGGAGGCCGAGAGCGGCGGCGGUGGCGUCUCGGACCACUGGGCCAGGAGACGAAAGCUCUUCAAGGACAGUCAGCAGUGGAGCUCGGCCGGAGGAAGCUCCAUCACCAGCGACGUAGCAGAGGAAUCAGUAUCAGAGGAAACUCGCUCGAUGGAUAUGACGAUUCGAGACAAUGAAGACGGAGGUUUUUAUACGGAGACUUUCCACUCAUCAGCGUGGAUCUACCAGGGAGACCACGUGGACUCGGGGGUCGCUCCUCCCACCCUCAACGCCCGAACACGAGCGGUUUCAAUUCGCGAGAGGACCGUCCGGAUCAACAAAGGGGCCGGAGAGUUUCCCUGGGGCUUUCGAAUUCAGUUUUCUAAACCCAUUGUGGUCACAGAGGUCGACACAAACGGAGCCGCUGAAGAAGCAGGACUGAUGGUUGGAGACUUUGUCCUGGCCGUCAACGGGACCGACGUCACCAGCAUCCCUCACUCCGAGGCCGCCGAACUGGCCCGGCAAGGUCCAGAUGAUCUAACACUGACGAUUGGGUCGGACAUCGCUCGCGGUCCCAACACCCCCCGGCCGGCGUGUCGGGGUUACCUCCACAAACGUACCCAGUCCGGUCUGAUCAAAGGUUGGAGGAAGAGGUGGUUUGUCCUCACGCACGACUGCUGUCUUCACUACUACAGACACAAGCGGGACGAAGGGAAGAGGCGAGAUGAGUCGGCGGUGAAGCUGGAGGGAGCCGAGGUCGGACCGGACGUGUCCCUGGGGAAACCGUUCGCCUUCAAGUGUCGUCCUCCGUCUGGGAGUCGGGUUUUCUUCUUCUGUGCGACGAGCAACCAGGAAAUGAAAAGGUGGCUGGACGCGAUGGAGCGAGCGACUCAUCCCGUCACACAGAGCCACGUGUGGGUGGACGUCACCAGACACAACUCCAGUCUGCCCCCGCUGGCCGUGAAGAGUCCCGAGUGUCUCGGUCUGCUGCACAAACUGGACAAGAGCAAGGACGCGUGGCUGCAGCACUACUGCAUCCUGAAGGACGGCUGCCUCUACCUGUACAGCGGCAUCAGAGCCACUCGAGCACACGGUGCCAUCUACCUUCAGGGAUACUCGGUGCGAGAGCAGACGCACGGAUUCAGGAAGUCCACCAUCGAGCUGAAGCCUCCGUCUGAGGAGUUCAAGACUUUCUACUUCUGCGCUGAGAAUCCAAACGAGAACAAACGGUGGAUCGGGGCUCUGAGAGCGUCAGUGCAGAAGUGGCUGCCGCUGCAUCAGGCGCUGCAGGAGCUCAUGAACCGACCGGCCGAGGAAACACGCAUGUGAGACGCACUUUGUCUCAGAUCAUCGGUGGAUCGUGUCCCUCAGGACGUCAACCUCAGGUCCACAUCAGAAAGUAUGAGAAACGUUAAUAAAAACUCUAUAUUUUGCACCUCCAUUGUUUUUCUUCACACUUUCACUCAUUUCUCUUCUGGUUCAUCCGACACUUUGUCAUGAAAUGAUCAUUUUAGAUCCCGUGUCCUUCGACCUUUAACCUGAUGAUCCUCAGAUCAAAUCAUUUACCAUCGUGUCUUCUUCUUUUCUUUAUGAAUCUUUCUUUCUUCCUCUUACUGAAACUCGUACCAGCACUUUAUUUAGCAUAUGGACUUUUUUUUCUUUAUGAUUCUGUUCUACAAAGUUUUUCUGCUCCACUGUAAAGUCGCCUUUAGAUCACAUGAUUUUGAUACUGCUUUUGUGCACUGUAAAAGAAGAUGUAGUGAAGUGUAAAUAAAUAAAUUCUACAAUCAAAUCCAGAGUCUUUAAUUUAUCCAUCAUCUGUCAUCCAUUUUGUCCCUUUUGGAUCGGGAUAAUCGGGCGCAUCCAGGAUUUAUAUUUCACUUCCUUUAACAUGGACUUCUUAUUGUUAUUUAUAGAUUAUUAUUCAACCUUUUAUCCAGUAGAACUUUAAAUGUCUUUAACUCUUCAUGGAAACAAAAGGAAACAAACGUGACUGAUCAUCAUCUUCCAGCUGAAACUCUUCCAUCGGACAGAAACGUAAAAACAAGA